AUGGAUCCUUCAAUGUGGCACAAAGUAGCUGCCGUCUCCGCAGCAGUACAAUUUGUGUUUGAUUUACUGAAAACCACAAACAAGCAAACAGGGGUAGCAGCGCUUGGAUUGGGAACUUAUGGUGCUCAUGUCUUCAAGCCCCAAAAUCCCACUUACAAAGAGGUAUGGCACACAGCGUCUUUAUACCAUCUGGUUCACACUGCAGCCCUUCUUGCUACUCCUCUUACCAAACACCCCAACAUCUUUGGAGGCCUUUUGACUACUGGGAUUCUUGCUUUCUCUGGAACGUGUUAUACUGUGGCACUUCUUGAGGACAGAAAGUAUUCUGCUUUGGCUCCAUUUGGUGGCUUUGCAUUUAUUGGUGCUUGGGCAAGCUUGCUUUUCUAA